AUGAAUUCAAACCUCCUUCACCCCGCAGUUAGCUCUUCCUAUGUAUCCCUGUACCAACAAGCUACCAGAAAAGCUGAAAUUAAUGAGGCUUCCGAUAUUGCCGAGCAAUAUGGAGAACGGAGAGUUGUUAUAAUUGAGCCCAAUUUUAUCAUGAAGUUUGGAGAGGCUGUAGACCUGCUUGAGGGAGAGAAUAUGAUAUUUGUUUGUCAUAACACGAGCAUACGUGUCCCUCGAGUCUAUGCGCUUUAUACAAGCACGAAUACUGGAAAGAAAUACAUCGUGAUGGAACGGAUUGCUGGCCAAAGCCUCCUAUCAUCAUGGCUGCAGUUAGGCCUCCCCGAAAAGGAGACUGUCGUCAGUACCUUGCGUCAAUACUUUACUGAGCUACGACAGCUUCCGCCGCCGAGCUAUUGGGGCAGUCUGAGCAAACGACCUCUCCUCAACGGGAUAUUCUGGACAGGGGAACCAGAUCCGGCCAUCAAUGGUCCGUUCACCACCAAUGAAGACCUCUUCGAGGCGAUGGCCAGAGAGCAUACCCACGCCUUUGGGCCUUCAAUUAGAGCGGACUUCCUUCGCCACUCUAAGGAAGGCGAUGCCGGCGACGAUAGCGCUAAGCUGCAGGUCGUGGUUAUUGACUGGGAAAAGUCAGGCUGGUAUCCAGCUUACUGGGAGUAUUGCCUUGCUUAUUGCGCGUUACGGUUUGAUGACGAUUGGUGCCUCUGGGUUGAUAAAGUGCUAGACCCUUUUGUCUCCGAAGCUGCUUUGCUGUACCAGAUACGUCUGGAGUUCUGGUCUUAG